CCUGUUAUGUUGACGCCUCGUUUUUACCUUUGGUUUGAGCGUUCGAAAUGAAUCGAUACUGGAUUCCCCGGCUGGAUAUCCACAAAAGCAUUAUUGUCCAACAACUCCCAUACUUCCUGGGCCCAGAAGCAACAGUGCGAGCGUACACUAAUGAGGGGGAAGAUGGCUUCCUGAUCACCACACCAGGCCCGUGCCUGACAGAUGAGCAGAUUGACGAUAUCUGCACGAAAUCCAGGGACAUGUGGGAACGACAAGCUGCCGCCAAGUCACAGGACACCGAUAAACCUCUCAAGCGUCCUCUACACCAGCCAGUUGUCAUAUCCAGGGGUUCUACCGAGCCUCGCGGAGAAGGCAGGAUGAUCGAAGGCCCUACGAGGGACAACGGAGACACGAGGAGCGUUGGCGAUGACGAAAGUCAUUUUCGUGGCAGACUCAAAUCGUGACCAUAACUGCAUGACCGAUAACGGAUACCAGAGGGGCGCAACAACUGGCGCUGAUGAAGUGGCUGGCGGUGCCGUAAGCUUGCGAGAAAGGGUAAUUGUUGGUGUCCUCGCACUGCGAGGUCAGCACCAAUCAAUGAGUGAUCAUUUCCAUGUGGAGUUCCA